AUGCUGUGGCGACGCUUGCGGCGCCUGUACAGCUCGCGCGCUUGGGGCGCAUUUGCGUGUGACACGUCGCUCGCACUAGAUCACCGACAUCAAAUACCUGCAGCGCCCUAUGAUGCAUCGCCGUUGGCCGGCACCGUAUCGCGGUCGGACGCACACUUGAUCCUGCAUCCCGCGCAGUAUGCACGGCCUCCCACGACGUGGCCGUCCCACGUCGAGUCGGCGAGUGCGCUGCUCAGUGAGCUCACGAGCCGUACGAAGCCACACGGGUCGCUCGACGGCUUUCGCGUGAAUCUCUCCUCCGGCGACGAUGCCGCCCUGCCGACCGCGGAUGCCUGGGAUCCAAGGCGCAGCGCCGCCACGCGUUGGCCGCCGAAUCACCAACAGGAAGACGAGCAGUACUGGAUGUACGCGUACUCUAUGCCCGGUCGCCUAGUCAAGUGGCCAGAGCCCGUAUCGCUCCGCACGCUCCCAAGUGGCGCCGAACUACGCGCGUCUCUGCAAGCCCUGUGGCGCAAAGCGGAGGACCAGCACGAAACGCACAUCUAUGUAUGUACGCACGGAAUGCGCGACUGCCGCUGCGGCGUAGCAGGCCCGGCCCUGUAUGACGCCUUGAAUGAGGCGGUCGAGAAGCACGACACGCAAUGCCGCUUCGAAGGCACGCAGCCAGCCCGCCGGAUCCGCGUGUGGCCCAUCAGUCAUGUGGGCGGCCACAAGUUUGCUGCGUGUGCUCUCGUGUAUCCGCAUGGCGACUGGUACGGCAACUUGCGUGUGUCUGACGCGCCUCUGCUUGUGCGCGCUGCGCUCGCGCCGCCAUCGUCGCGACAUGACUUGGACGACUUGCGAGAACGGCUCGUGCUGUGGCCGCGGUGGCGCGGUAGGCUGGGCAUGUCCGAGGCCGAGCAGCGCGAUCACAUCGACACGUGGGGCCCGCCUAUCGUCCAUACUGCGCACAUCACGCCGCAGCGACGGGCCGGUCCCAGCCCCCGAGAUACCCCCCACCUGCUGCCGCUCCGUUUCCACUCGCACGAUGGCCAGUGGUACGACGUGGAGGGCGAGGAAGGCGAGUCCCUCAUGCAAGUGGCGCGGCGCUACGACCUGCCCGGUAUAGAGGCUACAUGUGGCGGCGAGCUCGAAUGUGCUACCUGUCAUGCCUACGUGUGUGACGCACAGCGAGACGAUCCGCAGGCACGUGGCAUGACGCACGAGGCACCCAGCUGGAGUGCGGACGAAGUAUCCCAAGAAGAAGACGACAUGCUCGAGUACGCCCCCUUCCGCCAGGCAUCCAGUCGCCUCACCUGCCAAGUCCGCGUGACGCGCGCCCUGUCUGACUGGAUGAUGCAGGACGGCGGACGCGUCGAGUUGAAUCGCUACUGA